UCUUCACUCUCCUUGAGGCUUGAGCCACCCAUGACCCAACCUAACAAACAAAAACAAACCAGACCAAUAUAUUUUUCUGCCAAAAAAAAAAAAAAAAACACUUUCUUCUUCCAUUUCUCAGAACUCAGAAUCCUCUUCAAUUCUAUUUCUUCCCUUCUUCUUCGUCUAUAGAAACACGAACAAAACUCCCAAAUACCCACACCAAAAAAAAAAAAAAAAGGAAAAGCUCGGAAAAUACCAUGUUAAAGAAGAAGCAGAAAUCCGAAGAAACAUCUACCAACAACAUGUUCGAUCUUCUGUCGGAAGAACUCAUAUUCUCAAUCCUCGACUUCCUCGACGAAAACCCACUUGACAGAAAGUCCUUCUCCCUAGUCUGCACCUCCUUCCACUCCCUCGAAGCCAAGCACCGCAAGUCCCUCAAGCCCACACGAUCCCAACACCUCCCGAAACUCCUCACCCGAUUCCCAAACCUCAGGCGCGUCAACCUCACGCUCUGCCCCAGAAUCACCGACUCCAACCUUGCCCAAAUCUCCAAUGCAUGCGGUUCCAAUUUGUGUUCCAUAGAUCUCUCGAAGUCGAGGUUUUUCUCGGCUGCGGGGGUGAUGAGUUUGGCGAUGAAUUGCUGGAAUUUGAAGGAGAUUGAUCUGUCGAACGCGACGGAGAUCGGGGAUUCGGCGGUGGCGGCGUUGGCGGAGGCGAAGAAUCUGGAGAAGCUGUGGAUGGGGAGGUGUAAAGGGAUUACGGAUCUGGGAGUUGGGUGUGUGGCGGUUGGGUGUAGGAAGCUGAGGUUGGUUAGUUUGAGAUGGUGUUUGGGUGUUGGUGACUUUGGGGUUGGUUUGAUUGCUGUGAAGUGUAGGGGACUUUAGACUUUGGAUUUUUUUUAAAUUCGGACUUUGGAUCUCUCUUAUUUGCCGAUCACAGACCAAUGCUUACCAUACAUCUUAAAAUUACAACAUCUUGAAGAUUUGGUUCUAGAGGGGUGUUUUGGCCUAGACGAUAGCAGCCUUGAGGUCCUCAGAUAUGGCUGCAAGUCGUUAAAGAAACUUGAUAUGUCAAGUUGCCAGAACAUUAGUCAUGUUGGGAUAUCUUCACUUACUAGUGGUGCUGGUGAACAUCUGCAGGAACUCACCUUAUCAUAUGUUUCUCCUGUGACGCUUGCUCUUGCUGAUAGUUUAAUGAAGCUUCCCAGGUUGCAAUCAAUCAAAUUAGAUGGCUGUCCGGUUACCUAUGACGGACUGAAAGCCAUUGGAAAUUGGUGUACAUCUUUGAGGCAGUUGAGCUUACGUAAAUGCUCGGGUGUGACCGAUGAUGGUCUCUCCUCUCUUGUCACCAAACAUAGAGAUUUAAGGAAGCUGGAUAUCACGUGUUGCCACAAACUCACUUACGUUUCCAUCGCCCACAUUACGAAUUCAUGCACAGCUCUAACUUCUCUCAGGAUGGAGUCAUGUACUCUUGUUCCUAGAGAAGCAUUUGUUUUGAUUGGACAGAGAUGCCAUUUUCUCGAGGAACUUGACCUGACCGAUAACGAAAUUGAUGAUGAUGGUUUAAAGUCCAUCUCUAGAUGUGCCAACCUCUCUGUCUUAAAGCUCGGAAUUUGUCUGAACAUAACUGACCAGGGAGUUUCACAAAUUGGUUUUGGUUGCUCAAAACUCAUUGAGCUUGAUCUGUACAGGUGCAAAAACAUUACAGAUUCAGGCAUUUCAGCAAUUGCCUGUGGUUGUCCUGAUCUUGAGAUAAUUAAUAUUGCCUACUGUAAAGACAUUACUGAUAAUUCUCUCAUAUCAUUGUCACAAUGCUCGAGGUUAAACACACUUGAAAGUCGAGGAUGCCCUCUAAUGACGUCUUUAGGUCUUACAGCUAUUGCUGUACGAUGCAAGCAACUCUCCAAGCUGGACAUAAAGAAGUGCUCUAACAUUGAUGAUUCUGGGAUGAUUCCACUUGCCUACUUUUCGCAGAACCUAAGACAGAUUAAUUUGUCGUACAGUGCUGUGACGGAAGUGGGGCUUUUAACGCUUGCCAGCAUUGGCUGCCUACAGAGCUUGACUAUUUUGCAUUUAGAUGGUUUGUCUCCCAGUGGACUUGCCACUGCCUUGUUGACAUGUGAAGGACUAACAAAAGUAAAGCUCCAGGCGUCCUUUAAAUUGUCUCUACCGCAACCUCUUCUCAAGCAUUUGGAAGCCCGCGGUUGUGUAUUUCAGUGGAGAGAUAAAGUUUUGCAGGCUGAACUAGACCCACAAUGUUGGAAACUAAAGUUAGAAGACAUCAUGUAGAAAGGUUUAUGACAAUUCUUAGUGUGGAAUUGCUAGAGUUGCUUAGAGGUUCUGUUCACGGGUAGUUGUAAACGUUGUAUCAUGAAGGCAAAAUAGGGGCAGCCUUAGUUCGGCGUCGACUACAGAACCUUAGAAUGACUUCCUCGAAGAAUCUUUGGGAGAUGGGAUGUUUUUUGGUUUAUAAAUCGAUGUAACCCAGCAGCUGUAUUUCCAAUUCAGCUGAUUGGUUGCUACCAGUCUUGGCAGCUUUCUGAGGCAGUGGAUUCAACUAUAAAGGGAAGAAGAGUAAAAGAAGGAAACAGUUGAAGAAAGGGAGUUGAAUGCAUGUGUGCAUAGGGUUUUUACUCACAAAAGGAAAAAAAAUAUUUUCUCAAGUUAGAAAACCUUUUGUUUUGCCUAAGGAUUGUACAUAAGUUGGUCACCCACUAAUAUUGUCGGUUCAGUGCCGACUGAUGCAGUAGGUUUCUCAAAAUUGGAAAACCGAGAACUAAGUUGAAGAGCAUGAACAGCGACCAAAACUGGCCUGUUUGCAUCGGUUAGUGCCACUUGGUUCCUCAAUAAGGAUAAGAACAUUGAUAGAUUUCAUAACGCUAGAAGGAACACCGGGGAAGGAGGAAUGUUGGAGAAGAACAAGAGGCUACUGGAGGUGGAGGAGAUGUUUAAGUUUCAGCCGAAACAGACAGAAGCCAAAAUGGGAAAAGCGCCACUGAUUGCUCAUACAUUGGGCAGUUUGGUUCAAUGUCAAUAACCUCUCUGUUGGUUUUUUCGGCUGGUGUUGGUCGGUGCCGCUUGGUCUGCCGUCAGCUUUUGGUAAUUUGAACAGCUCUAGUUUCGGCCCAGUGUUUUGACAUGCAUGUGUCUUAACUUCCAUUAGGGUCAGACGUGUUAUUUCUUUUUUGGGUUAUUUCAAAUCAUUAACCAAUUGAUUUUGGAACUGAUUGAUUGUCUUUUAUUGUAAGAUUAUUGUAAUAAAAUACUUUUAUAUUUUUAGG